AUGUGGAAUACCUGUCAAAAAUAUCAACAACCACUCAGGCGUUUUUUCUUGUCAAACCAAGUGAGAAACAUUGCAAGCAAGCAAGCCAAAACUGUCCUCGUCAGCAAAUGUGUCUCAAUUCACUCUUCUACCAAGAUCAGCAACACCAAAGACAAUGCUAAUUCCGUUUAUACCGUCAGACCCACUGGAUUUUGGAUGGACAAGAUCCUUCAUCAUGAAUCAAAGAAGUCUGUUACCAACUGCACAUCUAAGCCUCGUAAAUUAAUUGACAGAACUAUGAGAGAUAGUUACAUGGAAGAGCAUCUCCCCUUCAAGUCGUCUCCCGAGCUUUUGGAUGAGUACAUCUUCUCUGAUGGUAAAAUUCGUACAGGCAAGCUUUUGGAAGAUUUGGAUGCUCUUGCUGGUGCCAUUGCCUACAAGCACAUUGAUAACGGAGACCCAGAGGCUCCCCCUGUCACUGUAGUCACUGCUAGUGUGGAUCGCCUCGACCUCUUUUUGCCCGAAGCCGGCAUUGAGAAUUACAAAUUGAGUGGCCAUGUCACUUAUGUUGGUAGUAGUUCCAUGGAAAUUUUCAUCAAGGCUGAGACAGUUCCUGAAGGUGAGGAUGGAUCCAGCACUGAUCCCAUUGAAAAUCCCGAGAAUCUGGGUAUACUUCGCAUAAACACAGUAUUGGCCACAAGAUUUACCAUGGUAGCUAUUGACAGCGGCACUCAGAAACCUGUCAAAAUCAAUCCCUUAAAGUUAACUUCUCCUGCUGAAGAAAGACUCUUUGAGAUGGCCGAAGCAAACAAGAAGAGAAAGAGACGUGCAGCCGAGACAUCCUUGCUUCGUCAACCUCCUACCCCUGAAGAGCGUCUUGAUAUCCACGAUAUUUUCUUGCAAUACUCUCAAUACACCAACGGUUUGAGCGAUGAUGCAUUUGUCAACUCUCAAUCUUCCGACGAGAUGCAACCUUUGCCUGAUAACAUGGUCUGGAUGCGCGAUACAAAGAUUGAAAGCAACUUUUUAAUGCAACCUCAAGACAGAAACAUUCACAACAACAUCUUUGGUGGUUAUUUGAUGCGUCGUGCUUAUGAAUUAGCUUAUGCCAACACCACGCUCUUUAUGAAGUCAGCAUCUCCCACCUUGCUGUCGAUGGAUGAAGUUACAUUCAGAAAGCCUGUUCAUGUGGGUACGCUUUUGAACUUGAGAUCUGGUAUUGUCUUGUCUGAAGGUUAUCCUCAUCGCUCUGUGCAAGUGCGCGUCAUUGCUGAAGUUAUCAACAUUGAAAAGGGCACUCGCGAAACUACAAAUAUUUUCCAUUUCACAUUGGCUUCUGGCGCAAACGACAAGGUGAAGCUUCGCCGUAUCUUACCAAAGACUUAUGCUGAAACUAUGCUCUGGAUCGAUGCCAAGCGUAGACGUUUCCAAGGUAUUCAUGCCAGACAUGCCAUGUUGGAAGCUGGUAUUCAACAAAAUUAA